AUGUUGCAGCAGCAGUUGAAGCUGAUGGAGGCACUCAUCGUUAAGCUUUCCAACUCGUCCAUGGGUCAAUCAAGCGCGGCUGGUGGUUCGCAAUAUGCUGAUCACAUUACCGGCAGCAUCACUGAAUUCUUAAAUGACCUGCCUGCCACUAUCACCUUUGAUUCCUGGUACAAGCGAUACGAGGACUUUUUCUCUGUAGCACUGGCUGCCCAGAACGAUGCAUGGAAGGUUCGACUUCUAAUUCACAAAAUGGGCCCGGUCGAACACGAGCGUUAUGUCAACUCCAUCUUUCUCAAGGGUCCCCGAGAAGUCGCUUUCGAGGACGCGGUCCAGACAUUGUCGCAAAUAUUUGGUGAGCAAUCAUCCCUUUCCAACACUCGAUUUCAGUGCUUGCAACUGUGCAAACGAGAUUCAGAUGAUUUUGUCACCUAUGCGGGCAUUGUCAAUCGCGAGCGUGACCGUUUUCAACUCCGUUCUCUUACUGAAGACCAGUUUUAA